UUCAGGCUACAAUAAUCUUCCUCUUAUAUAUUUGAACUUUUCUUUUCCGCUUUCCUUUCUCCCUCCCUUAUAUCCUUUCCUACAUACCCUUCCUUUGAAGCUUUCCAAGACGAAUAACAAAAACCAGUCAAUCUUCCAUCCAUCCACUUCCCCAAUACCAUUCAACUAUGUCUUCCCCAAACUCCUCCCAACAAGAGACUCGCCCGCGGGCACGGGCUGCCUCCGGGCGCAGCCUCCUCUCCGAAUUGUUGGAGGCUGCAGCUGAGAAGGACCAGAAGAACUGCUUCGGGCAACAGGGCACCGAGGAGACCUCCAAGCCCCCAUCCCCUGCUCCCCCGAAGAGCCUCUCUCCAACAGGCCUGGAGGACUACGCACCGCUGGUCGCGAACCAGGACCCCCAGCCGUUUGGGCCACUACACGCCGACAGUGGUCUCCGAGCAGAUACCGCCGGGCUCCCUCCACGUGUGGCCUUACUCUCCCAAAGCGUUGACCUCGCUAACAUCUCAGAGCUCGAUCAGGCGCUAAGGAGCUUCCAGCAGGUGUUCCGUGGCCACAGCUACAUCCCCCUGACGUCCUUCGGUGUCUUCAACCUCAUCACCAACUGGAGGAGCGGCAACAAGUCGAUCGCCAACGUGACGAUCUUUCGGAACCUCAUCAUCGACAAGAAAAUUUGGAUUCGACAGCAGGAAGACAUCUGCAAGCUCCUCGAGUACGUCGGUGCUCACUGCCAACGCGUCCUCAUCCGCGGCGAGUCCCUCCAGAAAGGCACCCGCGAGUUCGAUGAGGUCUGGGGCCGUGCAAUCAACUUGCUUCCCAAUGUGACAGAGGCACUGGUCGAGGAGUGAUUCGGAUGGCACCGGCGUGCGCUUUCGGCAGACUGUCCAUCGCGAAAAUCCCCAGUACGCGACAUCAACGACUGAUGACUGACGAAUUUCUUUAAGUUUGAACACUUUCACGAAUCACAUUAUACCCAGCAUACAUACCCAUUCAUAAUCGCAGGCCUUUAUAUUUUCACCAAUACCCUUUUUAUCGGACAUG